AUGGCAAGCUACUCCGAGAAUGGCUCUACUUUAAGUGCAAUCUCGUUGAGGUUUGCUCUGGAGUUAGGUAUGUCAAAUGCAGUCGAUCGCCUGGUCUGCAAGAGCACCCAACGAGCAAGGACAAGCGAAGAAACCGGGGCAGAAGAAAGAGAGCUAUAUCGAAUUGCAAGAGUAUGGUUUGGCGUCUGCAACCUAGAAAUGUUCUUUUCGCUCGACGGUGGUAAACUCCCCGGCAUAACACUAGAUACCUCGCCUCGCAGAGUACGCGCCCUCUUGAACCACCCCGAGAAGACACUAGUCGACAUUAGGCUCUUGUCUCAAGUAGAAUUGAAUAUCAUCCGAACAAAUGCGUACAUUGACAUGGCGAAUCAACGUAGCUCACCAAUAGUUCCUAACAGCGAGAGUAUCCUUCGUUCCACCGUCCGUACCACCAACCUUGAGCUAGCACUUUGGCUGGAUGAAUGGACUGGCAUAAUCUCAAACGACCCAUUACCUUACGAAAAGUCGCUUGCGCUCCUAAAUCUACAUAUACAGUACGAAUGGGCUCUCAUUACACUGCAUCUGAAAGCCUUGUCAGAUUCAGGAGUUGAAAACCUCGCCAUCAUGAACGAUUUCCAACGUGACAUGGUUUGCACGGCCAAGGACGCGGCAGUUCGGCACCUCAAGAACCUUCUCCGAGCAUCUUCUUCACCAUCCUCACCUAUUAUUUCGCCAAACGAUAAUACCCCAGAUCAAGCUCAACCCGACCGUCCGAGUGCGUAUUUGACGACCUUCAAAUGGACGAUGGACUAUGUUUGGGCUAAAUGCGCCUACUCCGUUCUUCUCGUUCUAAAACUCGCUCUACUGCUCCGGGAGCCACCUUCCGAUCUCAUGCUCCUUCUACGCGAUGCCCACAAAGUACUUGAGGAACUCAAAAAGAUCACCGUUGGACACAUUUCCUACUUUCAGAUUCUGCAAACCAGCAUCGAGAAAUGUGAAAAUGCGCUAAAGGAAUACAUGUCGGCACAACAGCCCAAUGCAAUUCCCAAUGAACUGGGAAAUGAUGAUCUCUUGGAGGAUGGAGCAGCUAUUGGAGUGGAAGAUCAUCGAUCCGCUGAAAGCGACUUCCAGGGAUAUGCACCAAGCGAAUUCGUGUUCGAGUGGGACUUCCCAGGCUUGAACUUACGACAUAUGCCGUUGAGCUGGCAAGACUUGUUCAUUGAUCUGGACAAUGUGUUCUGA